CAUUUGGGUAUUCAAGUGAAGAUGUUCAAAUGGUUAUUGAGACAAUGGCUGCCCAAGGGAAGGAACCAACCUUUUGUAUGGGUGAUGAUAUCCCAUUAGCUGUACUUUCACAGAAACCACACAUGCUUUAUGACUAUUUUAAACAGAGGUUUGCUCAGGUCACAAAUCCUGCAAUUGACCCUCUAAGAGAAGGUCUGGUAAUGUCCCUUGAGGUCAAUAUUGGCAAGCGUGGAAAUAUUUUGGAAAUUGGACCACAAAAUGCAGAUCAGGUCAUUCUGUCAAGUCCUGUACUGAAUGAGGGGGAGCUUGAUGCGCUCAUGAAGGAUCAUAAUCUGAACCCUCAAAUAUUACAUACCUUCUUUGAAAUUCAGAAGGGAAUACCUGGUUCGUUAGAUAAAGCAAUAAACCAGCUAUGUGAAGCAGCAGAUGAUGCUGUUCGUAAUGGUUCACAGCUUCUUAUUCUUUCUGAUCGUUGUGAGGAGCUGGAACCAACACGACCUGCUAUUCCAGUUCUUUUGGCUGUUGGUGCUGUUCACCAACAUUUGAUUCAGAAUGGCUUGCGGAUGUCAGCUUCCAUUGUUGCUGAUACUGCUCAGUGCUUCAGCACUCAUCAAUUUGCAUGUCUAAUUGGAUAUGGUGCCAGUGCGGUUUGUCCAUAUUUGGCGUUAGAAACCUGCCGGCAAUGGCGUUUGAGCACUAAAACUGUGAACCUAAUGAGAAAUGGGAAGAUGCCAACUGUUACGAUUGAGCAGGCUCAACGGAACUUCUGUAAGGCAGUAAAAUCUGGUCUUCUGAAGAUUCUUUCUAAGAUGGGUAUCUCACUGCUUUCUAGUUAUUGUGGAGCGCAAAUAUUUGAGAUAUAUGGUCUAGGGCAAGAAAUUGUUGAUCUUGCUUUCUGUGGAAGUGUGUCCAAGAUUGGUGGACUAACUCUUGAUGAGUUGGCUAGGGAAUCCUUGUCAUUUUGGGUAAAGGCAUUCUCUGAAGAUACUGCCAAGAGGCUAGAAAAUUUUGGAUUUAUUCAGCACAGGCCAGGAGGGGAAUAUCAUGGAAAUAACCCAGAAAUGUCAAAGCUGCUGCAUAAAGCAGUUCGCCAAAAGAAUGAAAGUGCAUAUGCAAUCUAUCAGCAACAUCUUGCCAAUCGACCUGUAAAUGUUCUUCGCGAUCUCCUUGAGUUUAAAAGUGACCGACCACCAAUCCCUGUUGGGAAAGUUGAAUCAGCGUCUUCAAUAGUCCAACGCUUUUGUACAGGUGGGAUGUCUCUAGGAGCUAUUUCUAGGGAAACACAUGAAGCAAUUGCUAUAGCAAUGAACAGAAUAGGUGGAAAAUCUAACUCUGGAGAAGGUGGUGAGGAUCCUAUUCGAUGGAGUCCACUAACAGAUGUUGUUGAUGGGUAUUCUCCAACACUUCCUCACUUGAAGGGCCUUCAGAAUGGGGAUACUGCUACUAGUGCAAUUAAGCAGGUUGCUUCUGGACGAUUUGGGGUCACUCCAACCUUUUUGGUCAAUGCUGACCAAUUGGAGAUUAAAAUUGCACAAGGUGCAAAACCUGGUGAAGGAGGGCAACUGCCAGGAAAGAAAGUUAGUGCUUACAUAGCCAGGCUAAGAAAUUCUAAACCCGGAGUUCCACUAAUCUCUCCACCUCCACAUCAUGACAUUUAUUCAAUUGAGGAUCUUGCUCAGUUAAUUUUUGACCUUCAUCAGGUCAAUCCAAAGGCUAAGGUGUCUGUGAAGCUUGUGGCAGAAGCAGGGAUUGGGACUGUAGCGUCUGGCGUGGCUAAGGGCAAUGCUGAUAUUAUACAGAUAUCAGGGCAUGAUGGAGGGACUGGAGCUAGCCCUGUAAGCUCUAUUAAACAUGCAGGUGGCCCAUGGGAACUUGGGUUAACUGAAACACAUCAGACUCUUAUCGACAAUGGAUUGAGAGAAAGGGUCAUUCUUAGAGUUGAUGGUGGAUUUAAGAGUGGUUUUGACGUCCUAAUGGCUGCAACUAUGGGUGCUGAUGAGUAUGGUUUUGGUUCUGUUGCAAUGAUAGCUACAGGUUGCGUCAUGGCUCGUAUCUGCCAUACAAAUAACUGCCCAGUUGGUGUUGCUAGCCAGAGAGAGGAAUUACGCGCUCGCUUUCCUGGUGUUCCUGGAGACCUGGUUAACUACUUCUUAUAUGUUGCUGAAGAGGUAAGAGGAAUGUUGGCUCAAUUUGGAUAUGAGAAAAUGGAUGAUAUAAUUGGCCGGACAGAUGUGUUAAGACUGAGACACAUCUCUUUAGUUAAGACUCAGCAACUUGAUCUGAGCUAUCUAUUAUCUAAUGUGGGUUUGCCAAAGUGGAGCAGCACUCAAAUAAGAAGCCAGGAAGUUCAUUCUAAUGGUCCUGUCCUAGAUGAUGUUAUACUUUCUGAUUCUGAGAUUUCCAAGGCAAUAGAGCAUGAAAAGGAUGUUUCCAAAUCAUUUAAAAUUUAUAAUGUUGAUCGUGCUGUCUGCGGCCGCAUAGCUGGUGUUGUUGCCAAGAAGUACGGUGAUAGAGGUUUUGCAGGGCAACUGAAUAUAACAUUUACUGGAAGCGCUGGACAAUCUUUUGGUUGUUUUCUAACUCCUGGAAUGAACAUUCGCCUGGUUGGAGAAGCAAAUGAUUAUGUAGGAAAGGGUAUGGCUGGUGGAGAAAUGGUAGUAACCCCAGUUGAAAAUAUCGGCUUUUGCCCAGAAGAUGCAACGAUAGUUGGGAACACCUGCCUAUAUGGUGCAACUGGAGGUCAAAUAUUUGUUAGGGGAAAAGCGGGAGAACGUUUUGCUGUCAGAAAUUCUCUUGCCCAAGCUGUGGUUGAGGGUACUGGAGAUCAUUGCUGUGAGUACAUGACUGGUGGCUGUGUAGUUGUUCUUGGAAAGGUGGGAAGGAAUGUUGCUGCAGGCAUGACUGGUGGUUUGGCAUAUAUCCUUGAUGAGGAUGACGCCCUCAUCCCAAAGGUCAACAAGGAAAUCGUGAAAAUUCAGAGAGUGAAUGCUCCUGCUGGUCAAAUGCAACUGAAGAGCUUGAUAGAAUCCCAUGUUGAAAAAACUGGAAGCAGCAAAGGUGCAACAAUUUUGAAUGAGUGGGAAGCUUAUCUACCUUUAUUUUGGCAAAUUGUCCCACCCAGUGAAGAAGACACUCCUGAGGCUUGUGCAGAAGCAGUGAAAGUGGAAGUCGGGAAAGUGACUCUUCAGUCUGCUUAGGUGCCAAAUCUGACAUUGGAUUGCAAACCUAUCUACUCUUCAUCAUCAUAUGCGAAGAAAUCAUUGUUUCUCUUUGCUCUUUACAUUAGACCAUGGAUCAGCAAAUUAAACAGUGGAUAGCAUGAGCAACUAUGCACCAUUCAUGCAAUUACUUGUACAUCUUCUCAAUAAAUAGGUGAACUAAAUAAUUCUUUAAAAAGUUGCUUGCAGAUGGUGGGCGGCCUGGGUGAGGGAAUUAUUGUCGGUCUUGUAUAUAUUUCUGUUUUCCGGUUGGCUGACAUUUGUUUGUGUGAUUAAAAACAGUUGCUCCUCACCCAAUGGGUUAAGUCUACAACAUUUAGCUUUUUCCUAAAAUAUGUUGUGGAGGAGGAGGGUGCUUUGUAGCUGCUGCUGUUGGUAAACUACAAUAUGGACGCCGGGAUGUACUUACUGUUUGAAUAUAAUGUUUUUAAAUGCGAAUCAUAA